CCUUGCCUCUUCCACUUAACCCUCCCAACUUUGAAGAAGAAAAGAAGGAGAAGUGCCAUGAUGGACAGACCAACCAUUCUGUUUGCCGCUUUCGUCUGCAUUGUGGCCGCCGCCGGAGUCGCUGCUCAACAACAACAACAAUCUCCCCCAACUCCUCCAACUCCCACCACCACCCCCCCUUCUCCACCGACCUCCACCCCGGCUCCUCCCACUCCUCCAUCUUCUCCUGCUCCCCCCGUUCAGUCUUCUCCUCCACAGCAGCAGCAAUCAUCUCCGCCCCCACAACAGCAGUCAUCUCCUCCCCCACAACAACAGUCGUCUCCUCCACCCGCAGCCACUCCUCCGCCGGUAACCUCCUCUCCGCCACCCGCAUCUCCUCCUCCGGCCUCUCCACCCCCUGCCUCUCCUCCACCAUUCUCUCCACCUCCAGCCACACCACCGCCGGCAGUACCACCACCCGCCGUCCCUCCUCCCGCACUCACGCCAACCCCUCUCUCAUCUCCUCCGGCAACUUCUCCUGCUCCUCUGAAGAGUACGGCACCUGCACUAUCGCCGGUCCCUGCUCUCUCACCGGCUGCUGGAGCUCCCGGUCCCAGCUUGGCAUCUCUCGCUCCGGUUAGCGAUAGUAGUGGAGUAGAGAAAUUGUGGUCAUCCAAAAAGAUGGUUGGGAGCUUUGGAUUGGGAUCGGCUCUUUUAUCAUUACUGCUGUAGAGAUCUUCUAAUUGCUACCAUCAUUUUGCCAUUUCCCUCUCUAUAUAUACCAUUUUCUAGCUAUCAUAUUAUACAUAUAUGGGGAGUUUAUAUCACUGAUCACUAUAUAUUAUUCAUUUCAUUAUUCGCUUGCAUUCUUUUGAGGGGUUUUGGGAGUUAUUUUCUAUGUCACCAUGAUAUGUCUAUUAUCAUUUCACUUUAUUAUUAAAUUUUCCUAUU